GUCGUGUGCUGCACUGUUGCAUAUUCUACGCUCUUUCAGAUGUAAAAUACCAUAUUUUAACGUGCUUGUCUCCCUCCAAUGCGGGACGUGGAAUUGUGACUAUUGGAACGUAAAGGAAUGCUGAGGGCCCAUUCUCGGACGAAAUCGACGGCGGCAGCAGGGCGAGCAACCACUGACGUCCCCGUCCGCGAUGCAAACCAUGCACCGCAGGGCUCCGCUUUGAACGCAGCUAAGGAGGGAAUGGGAGGCCUUACAGAUCUGCGAAGGUCAGCUCUACAAGCAGCAGAAACUCGACUCUUCGUAGAAUCGGCAGCAGGCUCUGAUGGCAACGGAGACGCGUCGCUCAGUUCCGAAUGCAGGGACGAACCAGAUAUGGGCGGAGCGAGCCAGCCCACGGGCGGCUCCGAUGGGCGUGUCACGUCCGGUCACCUCGCCGUCCGGCCCGCCCGACCCGGACGCGUCCCGUCUGCCCUGUACGCGCCGGUCACCUAUCUGACCUCCGCGCCCAGCCCGGGCUCGCGUAUUGGGCCGCGGUCGUCGGGGGCAGAGGGCACUUCAACAGACGAGAGAUCGAAAGGAGACCUGCGCCGUCCUGACCGCCCGCUGUCCUGAUCUUUGCCACGGGGACGCACGCCGGCGGGUGAGCGGGCUCCAGCAGUGUGCUGCUGGUGGUGGUCGCAGGGGCAGGGCGGCUCUGCGUCCGCAGGGUGCCCUGCUCCCAGCUGAGGGCGGCUCUCCGCCGCUGGGAGCCGGCCCAGCGGGCGUCCAGCU